AUCGAUGUUUCAGAAUUUUGAAAACUUUAAUCGGCCGUCGCCAUAAGAGUUAUAUAGUUAGUAUUCCGUAACGAUAGCGGACCAUAUUUGACCCAUUUUUUUUUUUAUAUUUUUUUGGGGCGGGCGGGCCGUUUAAUCUUUUAAGAUUUUACAAGAAAAAAAAAAAUUAUAAUAAUAAUAAAAUUAAAAUACAUACAUAUACAUAUAAAAUAUAAAGAAAAGAAAAAAAAUUUUAAUAAAAAAAAAUUUUCUAAUUUACUUCUUAACUUAGAAAUUGGAGGAAAAAAAAUUAUGGAAAAUGGAAAAAUUUAUAAAAAUUCAUUAUUUUAGUACUUUAAGUUAAAGAAAAAUGAAAAAAAAGAAUUUAGUGGCAGCAGUAAAGAAAUAAAAAAAAGUGUAAAAGUUCACAGUACUUUUUUUUCACAGCCAUUGUGAAAAAUCCCAUAAAAAAGUGGGCGAUUUAUUCAUUUAUAAUACACACACAUAUAUACACAUAUAAGAAUAGAAAAUAAAAAUUUUAAAUCAAAUUAAUAAAAAAAAUUCAAAAGAAAAAGAGUGAUUUUGGAAAAGCUUAAAGAAAAGAAAAGUAUAAAAUACAAAAAAAAAGAGGAAAAAAUUGCAAAGUCGUGACCUAGAUAAAAAAAAAUCAUUUUAGUUUUUCUUAUAUUUUAUCGGAAAGGCAAAAAAUAAAAGAUAAAGGUGAAGGUAACUUAAGAUAUUAUACAAUAUAUACAUAUGUAUGUAUAUAGAAAAAUAUAUAUGAAAAGUUUAAAUAACAAGAAUGCUGAACGACCAUAGGACGAAAUAGCAAUUCAAUCGUAGCAGUGCUGUAAUUUUUAUAACACUGUGAGGAUAUCAAAUACACCAAUUUAAUUAAUUUUAAGACGAUGUCAUACGACCCACUGGGAGUGUCUGACGCAAUGUUAGACUCACUCAGUUUACAAUUACGAGAAGCAGAAGCAAGAAGAAGUGAAGCAGAACGAGCACAUCAGGAAGCUCUCGCCCAGCUAAGAUCCGGAAAAUCUGAUACAGAAACUAUAGAGUCUUUGAAGUCUAGAGCUCGUGAAUUAGAAAAAAAGGCCGCAUUAGAAACAGUAAGAUGUGAGGAGCUUCAGUUGGAAUUAUCUUCAGCUUUAAAGUCUCGUUCUGGACGCACAACUUCGGCAACUUCAACGACUGCAACAUCAACUUCCGUAACAAUGGCGCCAACAUCAGGAACAACAUCAGUAACAUUUGCAGUUACUACAAGUGAAAGUAGUCAAGGUUCUGAAAUCGACAAAAUAAUGGCAAAGAUUGAACAGGACAAUCGUAUUUUAGCUGAAUUGGAGCACCCGCGUACAACAAAUACUGCAUCAACCAUAUUGCCAAGUUCAAUAAUGACAUCUAGCUCAAUAUCUGGUUAUUCAUCUACAAUUGGAAAAGAAACUAGUGUUAUAAGUGGUGUCAGCAGUGGUGUUAGCAGUGGUGUAUCAUUUCAACCAACAUCAUCAAUAUAUACGACACAAGGUACUGGACAUACUUCACUUCAUGGUUAUACAUCUGGCAUAUCAGGUGGUUACUCUGGUAUUCCAGGUUUAAGUUCAGCGUUAACUGGUGCAAAUGUAUCAUCAGUAACUGGUACUGGUACAUCUGGAAUAACUGGGGUUAGUGGUGUUAGUUCAGCAAUAUCUGGUAUAGGUGGCACAAAUUCAAUAGGAAUAACUUCAAGUAUAAGUAGUCAUGGUAUCGAUACAACAGCUUUAAGUGGUAUUACAUCAGCAACUGAAAAAAUAUUAGCGGCGGGAACAAGUGGUGUUCAUGUAUCACCGUUACCUGGGAGGGCGCAUCCAAUAACGACCAUGCCACCCUUAAGUCAGAGCACAACAAUGCCCGUCCUAUCACUCCACAAUUCAUACAAUUUACCAUCAGGAUCUGCAAGUUAUACUUUAGGUUUAAGCGGUGCCCCAGCGGUUUCCUCAUAUACACAUCCAUUAAUUAGUAGCGUUAUUGGAACUGGUGCAGCUAGUUCAGUACUUGGAUUAACUGGAACUGCUGGGGCAAAUCCAACAAUAUUUCCAUUAAGCGGCGGAAUCUCAUCUAGUCUAAUUGGGUCCUUGCCAUCAUCAUAUGGUGUUAGUUCAUCUUAUCCAACGUAUACAAAUCCUAUAUUAAGCAGCAAGCUCAAAACUUUAGAUGAUAUUGAUUUAGCUGUUGGACGUUUUGCUAAUCGUAGUUCACCAUGUUCCCCGAUACCACCAUGGGGUUUAGAUGGUUACAGUGAUACAGUCAAUCCAACAUAUAUGCAUGCACAGCGUUCUUAUGGAUUUGGUGCGCUAGAUCUGGAUACUAGAGGUCAUAACUUUGCUUUAAAUGGAACUGGUGAGCCAACUGUAGAUAUGCUUGAUAUUCCAGGAAAAGGACGUUGUUGUGUUUUUAUUGCUCGAUUUACAUAUGAUCCACCAGAAGAAGCUGAGGGCGAAUUAUCACUUUGUGCUGGUGAUUACCUAUUAGUAUGGGGAAAUGGUGAACCACAAGGAGGUUAUUUUGAUGCUGAAUUACUUGACGGAAGAAGAGGUUUAGUUCCAGCAACAUUUGUUCAAAGGCUGAUAGGUGAAGAUUUAUUGGAGUUCCAUCAGGCUGUACUUUCAACGUUAAGAGAUGCAGAUGAUGCUCCUAUACCAUUAGAUCCAGCACCAUUGCCUCCUUUACCGCCCAACAAUCCUUUACUAACGCAUACCACUGAAGACUUAGCUAGAUUAAGUGAAGUUGCAACAGACUUUGGUCCAGACCAAACAGAAGAUGAGGCUGAUAGUAUUCCUGCUCCAAAACAUUUAACGUUGGAAAGGCAGUUGAAUAAAAGUGUUCUAAUUGGAUGGUCACCAGCUGAACCCCCUGGUUAUAAUAAUAUUGAAAGUUAUCAUGUAUAUGUAGAUAAUGUCCUUAAAGUAACUGUUAAAGCAAAUGAACGAACUAGAGCACUUGUGGAAGGAGUUGAUUCAACACGGCCACAUAGAAUAAGUGUAAGAAGUGUAACAAUAAAUCGUAGAACUUCACGAGAUGCGGCGUGCACAAUGAUUAUAGGCCGAGACACUGCACAUUUAGGACCAUCUGCUGUUAGAGCUACUCACAUAACGUGUUCAUCUGCUGUAAUAUCAUGGCUACCAGCCAAUUCAAAUCAUCAACAUGUAGUUUGUGUAAAUAAUGUAGAAGUAAGAACGGUUAAACCCGGAGUUUAUCGUCACACAAUUACUGGUUUAGCGCCAAGUACUCAAUACCGUGUCACUGUUAGAGCUAAACACUUAAGAGCACCUGGACAAGCUCCACCGCCUGGACCACCACCUGAAGAAGCUCCUGGAGCAUAUGCAGAUUUUAGGACCUUAACAAAAGGACUGCCAGAUCCACCGCAAGAAAUACAACUUGAGGCUGGACCCCAAGAUGGUACAUUACUUGUAACAUGGCAGCCAGUUAAUCGACCACCACAAUCUGGACCUGUAACCGGUUAUGCAGUUUAUGCUGACGGUAAAAAGGUUACCGACGUUGAUUCACCAACUGGUGAUCAUGCACUAAUAGAUAUAGGAAAAUUAGUUGGACUUAAUCCAAGAGCAGUCACUGUUAGAACCAAAUCACGCGAUUCACAAUCAGCAGAUAGUGCACCAAUUCCAAUUCCAAAUGUAGUUCGAACUGCGGCAAGACGUAAUGCUCCUCAAAGUACUUUACCACCUCAUAUGAGAAAUCAACAAAUGCAACCAAUACGCCCACAGGGACCUAUGCAACCGGGUGUUCCAAUGAACCAACAGAUGUUAGAUCAUCAUGAUGAAAUGAUGCAAGAUGGUCAAAUGCAACAACAAAUGCAACCUAUGCAACCUGGCCAACAAAUGCAACCUGGGCAACCAGGCCAACAACAACAGACUGAUACAGGUAUUGGUAAAUGGACUACAGGGCUGUUUGGAGGCCUCUUUUCAAAACCACAAGCCAACACGGCAAAUCAAAAUCAACAGCAAUUACAAAAUCAACAAUUACAAAAUCAGCAAUUGCAACAACAGUCACAUUCUCAACAAUCUCAACAACCUAAAUAUCCAAAUGCUCCUGGAUAUCCAAAUACAACUGGAACUGGUGUUCCUGCAAUUGAAAUUACUAAAGAUGGUAAUUUAGGUCUUCAUGGUGAUUUAUACCAAAAUGAUCAAAGUCUGAGUUUAUAUCAACAACAACAACAACAACAACAACAAUCACAAUCGCAGCCACAUCAUCCACAAACAACUCAAUAUCAACCACAAACGACUCAAUAUCAACCACAAACAACACAAUAUCAACCACUUUCGUAUCAGCAACAGCAGCCAUUAACUCAACAACAACAGCAAUUACAACAGCAAACGCAAUUAAAUCAACAGACACCCGGGCUUCAGGGUUACCAACAACCUGGUCAAAGAAUGCAACAACCAAUGGGACAGCAAAUGGGGCAACAACAGAUGGGUCAGCAAAUGGGACAACAGAUGGGUCAACAAAUGGGACAACAACAAAUGGGUCAGCAACCAAUGGGCCAACAACCUAUGGGACAACAAAUGGGUGGACAACAGAUACGACCACAAAAUCCAAAUCAACCAUAUUAUGGUCCUGGAGGACCAACAGCACAACAGCAACAACAACAGCAAUUACGUAAUCAAAAUCAAAGAGGACCAAUGCCCGCCCAAAGGGGUCCUAUGCAAACACAGCAAGGACAAAAGAAACCUAGAUAUUUCAUUGCUAUGUUUGAUUAUGACCCCAGUACAAUGAGUCCAAAUCCGGAUGGAUGUGAAGAAGAAUUACCUUUUCAAGAGGGUGAUACCAUUAAGGUUUAUGGUGAUAAAGAUCCAGAUGGUUUCUAUUGGGGUGAAUUGAGAGGUCGACGUGGAUACGUUCCACAUAAUAUGGUAACUGAAAUUGAUGAAAGUCAAGUUGGUGCUCAAGGUGGUCCUGCGGGACCACCAACACAAACAACACAACAAAGUGUUCGUGGAGUAAGUAGAGACAGAUGGGGUGAUAUUUAUGCUAAUAUGCCAGUUAAACGUAUGAUAGCAAUGUAUGAUUAUGAUCCACAAGAACUUAGUCCGAAUGUAGAUGCUGAACAAGUUGAAUUAAGUUUCAAAACUGGUGAAGUAAUACUUGUAUAUGGUGAUAUGGAUGAAGAUGGAUUUUAUAUGGGUGAAUUAGAUGGUGUUAGAGGUCUUGUACCAUCUAAUUUCUUAACAGAAGCUCCAGAUCAAUAUAGUAAUCAAAUGGGACCAGGUGGACCAGUAGCUGCACAACGUAAUUUAAAUAAUCGAGGUAGAGGUCAAGGUCCUGGAGCUAGAGGACCACCACCACCACCUAGAGAUAAUAUGAUGCCUGGCGCAAUGAAUCAAAGAGGCCCACCGGGAAGGAAAGAUGCUCGCCCUACUUCCCCUACACUGUUAGACAACACGGGCAUUUCUGCCCUCGAUCACCAAACUCAGGGGAUGCAGGGGAAAACAGGAAUAGGUGGUAAUAUGGGAAUGCAACAACCAGGUAUGAUGCAACAACAGCAACCUGGUAUGAUGCAAACACAACAACAACAACAACCUGGUAUGAUGCCACAACAACAACAACAACAACCCGGUAUGAUGCCACAACAACAACAGCAACAGCCUGGCAUGAUGCCACAACAACAACAACAGCCUGGUAUGAUGCCACAACAACAACAACAACAGCAACAACCCGGUAUGAUGCAACAACAACAGCAACAACCUGGAAUGAUGCAACAACCUGGCAUGAUGCAACAACCAGGUAUGACACAACAACAGCAACCUGGUAUGAUGCAACAGCCAGGUAUGAUGCCCCAACAGCAACAACAACAACAGCAACAACCACAACAACCACCAGUAACGACACAAUCAUCCGGGGGACUAUUUUCAGGUGCUACUAGUUUACUUUCUGGUGCUACAAAGGCUGCUACAGGGGGUCUUCUUGGAAGUAAACAACCUCAACAAGCAGCCCCCCAACAAGGUACGCAGCCGAUGCAGCAACAGCAACAGCCACAACAACAGCAGUCUUCUGGUCUUGGUCUUGGUAGUUUAUUUGGUGGUGGUGGACAACAACAACAGCAGCAGCAACAACAGCAGCAACAACAACAACAGCAACCGGGACAACAGCCAGGACAACAACCACAACAACCACAACAGCCUCCACCAUCUGGUGGUGGCGGCCUUAUGGGAACAUUAUCAGCAGCAGCGUCAGCAGUACCUGGUGGUGAUAUGUUAUCAAAAGCAAAAGACUCAAUUUUUGGAAGAUUUGGUUUUGGUGGUAAAUAACCCUGGCCAUGUAGUAGCCCACCAAUAAUAAUUAUUAAUUAUAUUAUUAUUAAAUUUAUUAUUAUUAUUAUUAUAAUCAAUAUACUGUUAAUGUUUGCUAUUGAAAAUUUUGUUAUAUAUUAUAAUAGUAAUAUUUAUUAUUAUUAUUAUAAUAUACAUUUUUAUUAUAUUGAUAAUAAAUUAAAAUUAUAUAACAGAAACCAAUACAAAAAAAGAUGAAAAAUAUUUUAAAAAAUAUAUAUAUAUGUAUAUAUAUAUAAAUAAAUUCAAAAGAAAAAAUAAAUAAAUAAAAUAAAAUACAAUAAUGAUAUAUUUAUAGUUAUGUACAUUAUUAUGAUAAAAAAUCGAUAAUGAAUAAAAUAUUGAUUUGUUUAUUUUUGUUACGCACAUAUUUUCUGCUGUUGUCGUUGACCAUUUAUAUAUAAUAAAUUAUUAAAUUAAAAAUUAAUUAAAAAAAAUAUUGAAAUUACAAAAAAAAAAACAAAAAAAAAUUAUUAUUAUAAAUAAAUAUUACAAGAAAGUAAAAAAAAUCGUACUUAAAAUAUCAUAAUAAUUAAGUCUCUAAUUAAUUAAAUAAAUUGAUCAAAUAUAAAAAGUAUAAAAAAAAACAAAAAAAAAAACAACAAACCAUAGUAGAUAAAAAAUGUAUUUGAAAAACAAAAAAAAAAUAAUAAUAAAAAAAUCACACUAUUAUUAAAAACAAAAUAAAAAAAAAUUAACAAAUAAAUAAAAAUAACUGAAAUUGAAAAUUUGCAUAUAUAGACAGCACAAGGAACCUUUCCCUCGUUCAAAGACAAAAACAAACAAAAAAAAAAUAAUAAAAAUUAAAACAUAAAUAAAAUAAUAACAAUAAUAAAUACUUUCUUUAUUUUAAAGGAAGUUUUAAAUAAACAUACAUAUAUACAAAUGAUUAAUAUAUAUAUAUAUAUAUAUAUAUAUAUAUAUAUAUAUAUAAAAAUAUAAUAUAUAUAUAU